CUUUUUGGGGAAAAUCUGUCAUUUUCCUGUACUGAAAACGAAGCAAAGAGGGAAAAUCUCUCUUGUUCAAUUUUUUAAAAUAAAGAAACGUAUUUUCCUAUUAUUCAAACUUCAACUAUCCACUUCUGGUGGGUUGCUUCUGUAUCUGAAGAGUUGGCCACUUUUCUAAAAAACCCAUUAUUAAAUUUACCAAUCUUUCAGACGGCAUGAUAUUGAGAUGAGAGGGAUCCCAUAAAUGGUGAUUUUAUUGCAUGCUUUGUCGGCCAUUUUCUUCUUCCUUUUUUUCUUCUGAAUCAUACAAAUCAUAUUCUAAAUGAUUAUGUUUUUUAAAAUAAUUUAGCAAAAUGGGAUUUCAGUCUUCUUCUUCAUCAUUACACAAAGUUGAAAGUCCUUUCUAAUUUGAUUUCUCUAAAAAGAUCAAAAAUUUUAGUGACAUUUCAUCAAAGUCAAAUACUUCCCCUGCCUAAAAAUCAUUUUUUGUGAGAAAGUUGUAAUCUUUUUGCCUAAAAAAGAUUUAAGGUAUGCAAAUUUCCUUUCUUUCCUACACCAUUGACUUCCUUAUCAAUGAAAAUUUUACCUGUAAUUCUAACUGUAGAACUUUGGGAUGAUUAAAUAUAGGUUUUAUAGUGUGUAAAUACAUAAAAACCUUGCCAAAACUUUGUAGUUUUUUUUGGGGGGGUGAAUUGUGAACUGGGUUGUUUUGAUUUGGGGUUUUUUGGAGCUAAUUUGGUAAUGGGUAGUUUAAAUUCAUCAAAUUAUUACAAGGUUUUGAUGGUAUUUCUUCUUGUACAUACCCUUUUGUGUGAUCAGGCAAAUGGCCUUAAUUUGGAGGGUCAGUACCUUUUAGAUGUGAAGAGUAGAUUGGUUGAUAAAUCUGAUGAUCUUGGUAAUUGGAAUCCAAUGGACCAAAACCCUUGUAAAUGGAGAGGUGUAAUCUGUAGUAAUGGUAGUAACCCAGUUGUGGAAACUCUUGAUUUAAACAACCUGAAUCUAUCUGGAUCAAUUUCUCCAAGUAUUGGAAGUUUGGUUCAUUUGAUUCAUCUUGAUCUUUCCUUUAAUGGGUUGUUUAAGAACAUACCCAAAGAGAUUGGGAACUGUUCCAAUCUUCAAUCUCUAUCUUUGCAGAACAAUCAUCUUGAAGGGCAUAUCCCUGAAGAAUUGGGAAAACUGUCAUCUUUGACCUAUUUGAAUAUCUGCAACAAUAAGCUUUCUGGCCCUCUUCCUGAGGUGCUUGGAAAUCUGUCUUCUUUGUUAGAGUUUGUGGCAUACACCAACAGUUUCAGCGGCUCGCUACCUCGUUCGAUAGGGAAGCUGAAGAACUUGAGGAAGUUUAGAGUGGGUCAGAAUUUCAUUACUGGUAGUAUACCUGCAGAAAUAGGUGGAUGUAAGAGUAUGGAGUUAUUUGGUCUUGCUCAAAAUCAGUUGAAUGGGAACAUCCCUAUAGAGCUCAGUUUGCUAAGCAACUUGACUGAGUUAGUUCUAUGGGAUAAUCAGCUUUCUGGGUUUAUCCCAUGGCAGCUUUCGAAUUGCACGAAUUUGCAAACUCUUGCUCUUUACAGAAACAAUCUUGUGGGUGAAAUACCUAAGGAGCUUAUGAACUUGAAGUUCCUUAGUAGUUUAUACCUAUACAGAAAUGCUUUGAAUGGGACAAUACCAAAAGAGAUAGGGAGACUUUCUGCAGCAACAGAAAUCGAUUUUUCAGAGAAUUUCUUGACUGGUGAAAUUCCUACUGAGAUUAGUAUGAUUAAAGGGUUAGAGUUGCUCUAUCUUUUCGAGAAUCGGUUGACGGGUGUGAUCCCUGAGGAGCUUACAGACUUGAAGAAUCUCAGUAAAAUCGAUCUCUCGAUAAAUUCUCUGACAGGUACAAUUCCUGUUGGAUUUCAGUAUCUGCCUCAGCUACUGAUGUUGCAGCUCUUCAACAAUUCUCUCAGAGGUACAAUUCCUCAAGAGCUUGGAUUGCGUAGCCAUUUGUGGGUUCUUGAUCUGUCUUCGAAUAAUCUGACAGGAAGUAUCCCUCAAAACCUUUGCAGAAACUCUAACUUGAUCUUGUUAAAUCUGGGUUCAAACAAGCUUUCUGGAAACAUCCCAUCAGAUAUAAUCAGCUGCAAACCACUGGUGCAGCUUCGCCUGUAUGAUAACCGCCUCACCGGAAGUUUCCCAACUGAUGUUUGCAAGUUAGUGAAUCUGACUUCAGUUGAAUUGGGUGAAAAUAAGUUCAGUGGUCCAAUCCCACCUGAGACUGGAAACUGCAGUAACUUACAAAGGCUUCUGUUAGCACACAACCACUUCACAUCAGCUUUACCAGCAGAAAUUGGUAAACUUUCACAGUUGGUGGCUUUUAAUGUCUCAUCAAACUCAUUUAGUGGACCUGUACCAUCUGACAUCUUUAACUGCAGCCAGCUACAACGUCUCGAUCUUAGCAGGAAUAAUUUUGAAGGCAGUUUGCCUGAUCAGAUUGGAACUCUUUCUCAUUUGGAGCUUCUGAAACUCUCUGACAACAGUUUCUCAGGAAACUUACCUGCAGUUUUAGGAAACCUCCCUCGUUUAACCGAUUUACAGAUGGGUGGUAACUUGUUUUCUGGUGAAAUCCCUCCAGAAUUGGGCAGGUUAUCAAGUCUGCAAAUUGGUCUGAAUCUGAGCUGCAAUAAUCUAUCAGGAAAGAUACCCCCAGAACUCGGGAGUCUUGCAUUACUGGAGUAUCUCUACAUCAAUAACAAUCAGUUAAUUGGCCAGAUUCCUAGCUCAUUACAGACACUAUUAAGUUUAAUUGGGUUCAACUUUUCUUACAAUGACCUCAGUGGCCCUCUACCUUCUUUGCCUGCUUUCCAAACUGCAUCUCUUUCAAGUUUUUCCGGCAACAACGGUCUCUGCGGUGGGCCCCUUGGUGGUUGCAGUGACUACGACUCUUCACUCACUCUUCCUAAUAGUUCCGGAAGGGGUGGUUUCCGUCUUGGUAGAAUCGUUGCAAUAGUUUGUGCUGUUAUAGGUGGUGUCUCUCUAUUCUUCAUUGUUGUGAUCUUAUACUUGUUGACUCGGCCAGUUGACAUUGUUACACCAGUUGAAGAAGAUAAGUCCUUCAGUGACAUUGAUUCAGAUAUGUACUUCUUUCCCAAAGAAGGGUUUACUUUUGAUGAUCUCCUUGUUGCUACUGAUGAUUUUGAUGAGAGGUUUGUGAUUGGUAGUGGAGCUUGUGGGAAGGUGUAUAAAGCAGUAUUGCCUUCUGGUAAAACUUUUGCUGCGAAAAAGCUGGCUUCUAACAAGGAAGAUGGUUGCAUCAAUGACAGUUUCAGGACUGAAAUUUCAACUCUUGGGAAAAUAAGGCAUAGGAAUAUUGUCAAGUUGCAUGGGUUCUACUUUCAUGAGGGUGCUAAUGUUCUUCUUUAUGAGUUCAUGCCAAGGGGUAGCCUCGGCGAACUUCUUCAUGGGAAAUCUUAUAAUCUUGACUGGCAAACGCGGUUUCUCAUUGCGUUUGGGGCUGCACAAGGUCUCUCUUAUUUGCACCAUGACUGUAAGCCUCGAAUAAUUCAUCGCGACAUAAAGUCCAAUAACAUUUUACUUGAUGAGAAUUUUGAGUCUCAUGUUGGUGAUUUUGGGUUGGCAAAAGUAGUUGACCUGCCUUAUUCCAAGUCAGUUUCUGCUAUUGCUGGAUCUUAUGGGUACAUUGCCCCUGAAUAUGCAUACACCAUGAAAGUCACAGAAAAAUGUGACAUAUACAGCUACGGCGUGGUAAUGCUGGAGUUGUUGACAGGAAAAACACCAGUACAGCCAAUAGACGAUGGGGGUGAUCUUGUUUCGUGGGUCAGAAACUACGUCAAGAGGAACUCAUUGUCGACUGGUAUUUUCGACACUAGAUUAAACUUACAAGAUGAGAGCAUUGUUGCUCAUAUGACUAUGUUUUUAAAGAUUGCUUUGUUGUGUUCUAGUAUGUCUCCUCAUGAUCGCCCCACGAUGCGGGCUGUUGUGUCAAUGCUCAUUGAUUCUAAUGAUCAGGAAGGUCACUAUAAUCUCUUCCCAAGUAGGGAUGUGAGUUAUAAAGAUGAACUACCAUUACAGUAGAUUUUCUUUUCUCUUUUUUUACUUCUUCUCAGAUUUAUAUUUGUAACUAUGAAAUCUAGUUGUUUAGCAGGACAGAAUCUGUAACAAAAUUACAAUAAGCGGCAAAGCUAUCCACAAAACCUGUACAUAUAUAUAUAUAUGAAUAAUGAGAUUCAUAUUGCUUGAA